AGCGGCCGAUUGCUGGAGAUUCAAAGACAGAAUUGGUAUCAAGAGUCCCAUCGACGACUUUAUGUCAGUCAGCAACGCAUUUCUUAGCAAAAACCAAUGCACACAGAUGCAAGCGGCGGAUGAACGGAUAAAGCACGACUUUAUUAUUUCACACAAAUCGCCUGCAGAACACUCGUCCAUCCUGUUGACACGCAAGAAACUGAGCAUCAGGAUACUAAGGAACAUUUUUAGGGUAUUUAAUCUAUAUGUUCCUAAUUUCCGCUUCACAGUAAUGAAUUCGAUUGAUGAGAAGAUCUACAUCGAUGAUGAGCGCCUUUCGAAGGGUGUUACGGAGCGGGACAUAACACGAGGAACCGUUCUGAUCAACAACAAGCUACGAGUUUUUGAUUUCAAUGUACUUAACAUCCUCAAAGAGCUUGAGCACAAGUAUCUGCUGUCGAUGGAAACAAGAAAUGAAACGAUAGAUGUCGGUUCAAAGCUAGAAAUUGUCGACCAGGACAACGUGGCCAGUCCGCAUGAGGUACAGUUUGAACAGAAAGUUGUUGAGAUGGUAGAAUUAGAGGUUGAGAACAAGACAGGGACAGGGUUGAUGGUGAAUGACACUUUCUUUGCCAACAACGAGCACAAACCGAUUGAAAUGCACAAGAAGAACGUGCUAAAGAUCAACGACAUGCACAUAAAUAUGAUUGUGUGUCCAUAUUUCAGGAUCAGAGAUAGCUUUUACACAAUAAUCACCAAAAUACGCGAGAAGCAAAAAAUAAUGCGGCUCGAAGCAAGUGAUGCGCCCAUAGAGAUCCACAACAACACCGAAACGGUGGUGUGUGUGAAUAAGAAGUACUUCCUCAACCCAGGUGACAAACUUGAUUACGUGUAUGACAAUUAUAAGGAACUGAAGAUCGAUUUUGAAGCAAACAUGGAGGGCAAGCUUAUCAAGCUGAAGAGAAAAUACGGACGGACGGUGUGUGCAGACAAUUUUAAAGUGGCAAGUAUAAACCGUGGUGCCAAGGAAUACAUUUAUUUGGGAGCAACGCCCACCAAUGUGCAUUUCGAGGAUGUAUUUGUUAUUCUUAUUAACUCGCUAACGAUAUCGUUGUUUGAAAACAACUGCGAAUUUGUGAAUCUAUACUUGAGGGACCUGGAGGCAGUCAAGCAGAUUGACACGCUUAAGAAUCUUUUUACGUAUGCUGUUUCAAUACGGGGGAUGCAGAUCGAUAACCAAUGCCAUUCUCCGGCAUUCCCCAUAAUUUUGAGUCCUGUCUAUCCCAUGUUCUAUUACUACAACAACACAGCCAGUGCUGAUGAUGGGCAUUUCAUGAUAUACAAGUGUGAAAUUAACGGCAAUCUUUUUCACAGAGACGAGCGUACGCCUGAUAGCAGGACGUUGUCUUUCAACUACAUAAUAUUUGCCGUGCACGAAUUCGAGCUUAGUAUUGAGGAGGAAGUCUUGACAAGACUGUUCAUGUGGCUGCCAAAGGGAAAAGGAGACACGGCGCUAUUCUGUACGCUGCUGCACAUACAUCCUAUCAACCUGAGGCUAAAUCUGCUGAUGUCGAAAAAAAAGCAUUUUAUACACAAACUGAUUGGAUUUCUUGUUUCCAAUCUCAGUGAGGUGAGGCUCUCGUUCACCACCCUUAUCUUUUCACAAUUCGAAUACAAUAAUGACCUUCUCAUCAACGCCUACAAAAUGCAGAUGCUCUCGCAGAUAUUCAAUCUGAUCGGUGGGUUGGAUCUGCUCGGGAACCUCUCAUCGCUGGUGGAAGAGCUGAGUCUUGGUGUCCACGAUCUUUUCUAUGAGCCAUAUGUUGGUCUGAAGCACGAUGAUCUUUUCAUGUUUACCAAAGGUAUCUUGAAAGGAGGUAAGAAUUUUGUGACGUAUUGCAUCAGUGGUUUGACAAGCACCGUAGGUAAAGUGGGUAGAUCGAUCAGUCGAUCGUCGUCCAACAAGCGGCUGCUGUUCUAUGACGAACUGGAAAUAGACGUGACGAAGGACUUGAUUGAAAACGUUGUUGAUGGGCUGAGCGGAAUCAUCACCAAGCCGGUGAAGGGUGCUAAGAAAGGAGUCAAGGGAUUUCUAAAGGGAGUAGGAAGUGGAUUGAAGGGCGCACUGAUGAAGCCUAUUGCAGGAAUAUCUGAGUUCGCAGCGAACAUCAGCGAUAACAUCAAGACCAAUAUGAAUGGGGCAGAGCUGCGACGCAUCCAGUAUCCACGAUACAAGUUAGAAAAGUAUAAUUUAGACUUGUGCCAGGCGUACUUUCUAUUUGAUAUCUACAAAAAUAAAGACAUGCAGCCGAUUGAUAGUGGUGCUCAAAGGCAUCUCAAAGUUUGCAAUGAACAAUUUGUGGGUGGUGGUAAGGGAAAGGUGUACGAUAUGAAAGUGCAUGUGAUAGUCACGAGUCAGAGAUUGUUGAUGAUAAGCCAUCAAGCCAAUUUGCACAUCAACUCGUUUGAUGUUGUGAUGGGUGGAAUUAAGGUCAAAGAUUGGAUAGUGGAGCUGGAUGACGAGACAAUGAGCUAUGUCAGAACAUUAAAAUAAAAAUGUUAUAUAUCUGA